AGAAAGAAGAAGACGUAGGAACCCGCGCGCCGUGAGGAAACAAGUGGAUGGGUUGGGGACUGUGAGGGAAAGGAAAGAGACGAUAGAGGGUUUUUUCCAACAUAAAUGGAGGUUCAUCCGUAACGGGAGAGAAGAGCAGCUACAAAAAAAAAUACAAGUAAAAUGGCGAAAGACCACGAGGUCGAACGCAUUGCUAAAAAGCUGGACAAAAUGGUGCACAAGAAAAACACGGACGGUGCCAUAUAUCUGCUGAGGGAGUUGAAGAUCAUUAACAUGUCUCUGGAGACUCUACAGUCCACCAGGAUCGGUAUGUCAGUGAACGCUGUGAGGAAGCAGAGUUCAGAGGAAGAGGUCCAGACCCUGGCCAAGUCACUCAUCAAGUCCUGGAAGAAACUACUGGACGGUUCUGAGGGGAAGGCUGUGGAGGAGAAGAGGAGGGAGGGCUCUCCUCUGAGGUCAUCUUCGUCCAAGGACAGUCCUGGAUCCAGCGACCGCAGUAAGAAACAAGAACUGCCGGAGCCCCCGAAGACUCCCACCACACCUACAACCCCCACCACCCUAAAGUUCACCUCCUUCCCCCCCACUCCCGUCACCACUGACAGCGUACGCACCAAGUGCCGAGAGCUGCUGGUGGCUGCCCUGCAGACCGACGAUGACUACAAGCCCAUUGGAGCAGACACUGACAAUUUGGCUGCUCAGAUUGAGGACUGUAUCUACCAGGAGUUUAAGUCUACAGACCAGAAGUACAAGUCCAGACUGAGGAGCCGUAUCUCCAACCUGAAGGACCAGAAGAACCCGGACCUCCGACGCAACGUCCUCGCUGGGAACAUCUCUGCUGACCGUAUCGCUAACAUGGCCGCUGAGGAGAUGGCCAGCGCGGAGCUGAAAGAGAUGAGGAAGACGUUGACCAAGGACGCCAUCAGAGAGCACCAGCUGUCUAAAGUGGGCGGGACCGAGACGGACAUGUUUCAAUGUGGCAAAUGCAGGGGCAAGAACUGCACCUACACACAGGUGCAGACGCGCAGUGCUGACGAACCCAUGACUACAUUCGUGCUGUGCAACGGCUGUGGCAAUCGCUGGAAGUUCUGUUGAGGAGAAGAUGAUGAUUUGCUACAAGAUGAGCUGACACGGAUGAAGAAGAACCGGGACCUAUUUUGUUACAACUGCAAAUCGUUUUUUCUUUUCCUCCUUUUGUUGUUUUUAUUUUUGUUUUGAUACCUCAUAAAUCUGGAAUAUAUUUUGAGAAAAUGUCAUUUCUAUGAUAUGGAGCUAGUCUAGUAUUUUAAUUUCUAUGAUAUGGAGCUAGUCUAGUAUUUUAAUUUCUAUGAUAUGGAGCUCGUCUAGUAUUUUAAUUUCUAUGAUAUGGAGCUAGUCUAGUAUUUUAAUUUCUAUGAUAUGGAGCUCGUCUAGUAUUUUAAUUUCUAUGAUAUGGAGCUCGUCUAGUAUUUUAAUUUCUAUGAUAUGGAGCUCGUCUAGUAUUUUAAUUUCUAUGAUAUAGAGCUCGUCUAGUAUUUUAAUUUCUAUGAUAUGGAGCUAGUCUAGUAUUUUAAUUUCUAUGAUAUGGAGCUCGUCUAGUAUUUUAAUUUCUAUGAUAUGGAGCUAGUCUAGUAUUUUAAUUUCUAUGAUAUAGAGCUCGUCUAGUAUUUUAAUUUCUAUGAUAUGGAGCUAGUCUAGUAUUUUAAUUUCUAUAUGGAGCUUGUCUGGGUAUCUUUUCUGUUUCUGCUCUCUUACCAACCUCUUAUUGAAUGUCAUGUUUGGCUUGACAACGAGUUGACAAGAGCACCAACCGAUCUCAGAAACCGAUUUCAGAAACCGAUCUCGGAAUCCGAUCUCAGAAACCGAUCUCAGAAUCCGAUCUCAGAAACCGAUCUCGGAAACCGAUCAUAGAAACCGUUAUCGGUACCAGGCUGAAGUUAAGCACUUAUUCUUAAAAACAAGGUUUUGGUUUGAUGUUUAUUAGUUUAAGCUAUAUCUUACAACAACAACAAAAAAGCUUUUGUUUUUGGCAUUAGGGAACAUAAUAAUGCCCUAUAUAGUGAAUAAGGUGCCAUUUGGAACAAACCCCUGUUUUUGGCAUUAGGGAACAUAGUGGUGCCUUUUUUUGCCUCUCUGUGCCACAAAUGAUUAUUUUGCUAUUAGUUUUAUACACUUGCUGUAGAUAGAGUAUAUGCACUCUUAACGGGUGUAUCCCAAAUGGCACCUUAUUCACUAUAUAGGGCACUAAAAAAUAGUGCCCUAUAUAGUGAAUAAGGUGCCAUUUGGGACACACCCCUGCUGUAUAUAGAACAAGCCGUUGUUUGGAGUCAUUCUGAAUCUACUGUCUUUACAUACACGCUGCACGGGUUCUUAUUAAAGACUUCCAUUUAGGUUUAAAUUCUUCGGUUAAAAUGAACAAAUGAAUGAAACUGGAGGUUCUGCUAGAAGAUGUAGAGUUGCAGAGGAGUGGAGAAUGAGAAAGGGGAUGAGCAGGGGACGGGACAGUUGUCAGUUUCUCCUCUCGUCUUUCUCUGAUCGUACUCUAGUAAAAGGUUAGUGGGGACUGGAGAAGUAGGCUAAUCGUACGCUAGUAAAAGGACUGGAGGAGAAGGUUAGUGGGGACUGGAGAAGAAGGUUAGUGGGGACUGGAGAAGAAGGUUAGUGGGGACUGGUGAAGAAGGUUAGUGGGGAGGGGACUGGAGAAGAAGGUUAGUGGGGACUGGAGAAGAAGAUUAGUGGGGACUGGAGAAGAAGGUUAUAGUGGGGACUGGAGAAGAAGGUUAUAGUGGGGACUGGAGAAGAAGGUUAGUGGGGACUGGAGAAGAAGGUUAGUGGGGACUGGAGAAGAAGGUUAGUGGGGACUGAAGAAGAAGGUUAGUGGGGACUGGAGAAGAAGGUUAUAGUGGGGACUGGAGAAGAAGGUUAGUGGGGACUGGAGAAGAAGGCUAAUCAUACGCUAGUAAAAGGUUAGCGGGGACUGGAGAAGUAGGCUAAUCAUACGCUAGUAAAAGGUUAGCGGGGACUGGAGAAGUAGGCUAAUCGUACGCUAGUAAAAGGUUAGCGGGGACUGGAGAAGUAGGCUAAUCGUACGCUAGUAAAAGGUUAGCGGGGACUGGAGAAGUAGGCUAAUCGUACGCUAGUAAAAGGUUAGCGGGGACUGGAGAAGUAGGCUAAUCGUACGCUAGUAAAAGGUUAGCGGGGACUGGAGACGUAGCCUAAUAUCCAAACCUACUUUCUCCGUUGUUGAAACAAUGAUAUAAAACGUAUCAAAAAUGUUGGUUGGAUUUCAGGCUACUGGAGAAGAGGGCAUCCUGACAAAAAAACGCUCGACUGGUUUGAAAAGUUUUGUCAUGCAAGUGAUUUAUUUUGUAUGUAAACACUUGUCCUCCCAAUGGGUACUAGUUGAAUUAAAAACAGUAUGGAGUGUGGAAAGAGA